UCAUGAAGAAGAAAAAGACAAACAAUUGUAUCACUCAUCAUUGUGUGUGUAGAGUAUUAAUAAUUAAACAAUUUAACAUAUCCCUGCAGCUAAGCUAAGCUAUCAGCAUGGAAAGUGAUGAUACUGAAGAAAAAUUAGUCUCCACCACUUCAAACUCCUCAAAUUCAAGCACCAUUAAAGAAAGAAUGUCAUCAAGAAGAGCAUGUCAAAUGUCCAAAAACGGCAACGAGUGCAAGAAAAUGGAGAACAACAAUGGCGACUACUACGCAGGGAUGCAUCACCCAUCAUACAGAGGUGUGAGAAUGAGGGCAUGGGGGAAGUGGGUGUCUGAGAUCCGGGAGCCAAGAAAGAAAUCAAGAAUUUGGCUGGGAACAUAUAGAACCGCUGAAAUGGCGGCAAAAGCGCAUGACGUGGCGGCUUUAGCCAUCAAAGGCCCUUCAGCUUACCUCAAUUUCCCUAAAAUGGCUCGGCGUUACCCAAGGCCAGUCAGUACAUCUCCUAAGGACAUUCAAGCUGCGGCCUCCAAGGCGGCAGCCGUGGAGAACAAUACUGAAGCUGAUGCUGAACAAGAAGAACAAAAUCAUGGCCUAAUAAUGGAAUCUUCAACUUCCACUAAUAAUAAUCAUGAGCAAGAAUCUUCAAGUAUGGAUGAUGAUGAUGAUGGCGCAUUGUUUGACCUGCUACCGGAUCUUUUCUCCGACGAUGGAAAGAGUAGUGCAUCUUCUUCCUCUUAUUCUCCUUCUUGGCAUCUACUAUUUGCAGUUGAUUAUGGAUUCAGGCUUGAGGAGCAUUUGUUGUGGGAGAAUUACUAGUAAUACUUGGUACAGAUUCUUAAUCCCAUGAAAAAUAAAAUAUACUUUACCAAAAAAUUAUUGGCUUGUAAUUUGUAAAUUGUAGUUUGCAGUACGUUCUUGCAAUUAUGGGUAUGAGUUUGUGUUUAUAACUACUCUGCAUAAAAUCAUUUAAAUGAU